AUGUCACUAACAUCUAGAUCUUCAGCCACCAGCUUGCAAGACGGUGCAUUAUUUGAAGGGGUUAUUGAAGAAAAAGUAAUCAGCCCUAGAGGUAGUGUAUCUAUAAAGCGCUACAGUAAGGGCCGAUUUUUAGGAAAAGGCGGAUUUGCUCGUGUGUAUGAACUCCAAGAUUUAGAAUCUAAAAAGAACUACGCAGCCAAAGUAAUUCCCAAGUCAACUCUCACUAAGUCAAGAACAAGGCAAAAAUUGAUGUCAGAAAUAAAAAUACAUAAAAGUUUAUCCUCAUAGAAGAUGAGUGCUCAUAUAUUAUGGCUAGUAAAGUACUAGUAAAUCCAAUAAUUAUAUAUGAAAUCAAUAAUUUAAUAUAUAUUAUUAAUCGGUAUAAAGCAUCCAAAUAUCGUUGGAUUUGAGCAUUUUUUUGAGGAUCAUGAAAAUGUUUAUAUUUUACUUGAAAUUUGUAUAAAUCAAACAUUAAACGAGCUUCUAAGAAGAAGAAAAAGACUCACUGAGCUUGAAUCGAUGGUGUAUAUGGUUCAAACGCUAUCAGCAGUAGAAUAUUUGCACAAUCAUAGAGUUAUUCAUAGAGAUCUGAAGCUGGGAAAUAUGUUUUUAAAUGAAAAAUUAGAAAUAAAGCUAGGGGAUUUUGGAUUGGCUUCAAAGCUAGAAUAUGAAGGACUUAACUUACUUAAUUUAUCGGUCGGUGUUUAAGGUGUCUAGUGCCGCACCCUAAAAUAAACAGGGAUUUAGCUAAACUAGUGACGUAACGGAGCCAUCUUGGAAUCGCGAUGGUCAGCCCACCAGCCAAGCCUUCUAUCGACGUUUCACCUCCAGUCGCCGCACAUCUCACCCGGCGGGUUACUGUUGCCUUCCGUUGACUCAGCUCCUGCGCGUGUUCCGCGUAAGGGUUAUCCUCCCAUGGGGAUGUGCUGAGAGGUAAAACUCUAAGCCUCUUGAAUGCACUAUGGAGCUGUUCCUUUUUUAUCCCUAAAGUUAAACAGCUACGCUGUGCAGAAGUUCUCGAGAAAACCCAACCCCAUAAAUAAAAUUUCAUGAGGGAGAGAAAAUUAGCAAAGCUAAUUUCUCUCGAACCGUAUGCCAUUUUAUUUAUUAGAAUAUGAAGGACAAAAAAGGAAAACUGUCUGUGGGACACCAAAUUAUAUAGCUCCAGAAAUUUUAGAAAGCCGAGAAGGCCAUUCUUAUGAAGUUGAUAUUUGGUCAUUUGGGGUGAUUUUAUAUACUUUAUUAAUAGGAAAGCCUCCAUUUGAAACAAAUGAUGUAAAAACUACUUACCUCCCUCUGAGAGAGAUAAUAACUAUUGGAAAAAUCCCUAUUUUGUGGGUAAAACCCUUCGUGAGUGAAAUAAAGCUUUUUAUUCACUCAAAAAGUGGGGGAAGUUACAAAAAGAUAAGAAAAUGUUCAUAUUCAUUUCCAGAAAACGUGCAAAUAUCAAGCCAAGCUAAAGAUUUAAUUGAAAAAAUUUUGCAAGCUGAUCCGGAGUCGAGACUAUCCAUACAAGAUAUGUAUAAACAUGCCUUUUUCAAUAUGGGAUUUGAAAUACCUAAAUUUUUGCCUCCAAGUACUCUUGCAAUCCCUCCUUCAGAGUCUUUUUUAAGUCAAUACAUGCCCAAGGCUAAAUUAAUAUUUCGGAAAAUAAGCUCCGACACAGUCCCAAUUAUCCAUGAAAGGAACGCUUUAAGUACAUGCAGAAAUGCAUCAAACACUCAAAGAAACCCAUCUUCUACCCACAAAACCCCCAGCUUAUCUGCUCUCAAUGGCGAAAUUAAAACUCCUUUCAUAAACAGGUGGGUGGACUACAGCAACAAAUAUGGUUUAGGCUAUACCUUAUCAACUGGAGCAAUCGGAGUCUACUUUAACGAUGCUACAAAAAUAGUUUUAGACCCUAUUUCAGACUCAUUUCGGUAUAUUUAUAGAGAUGAAGAAAAAAAAGACAUCAUAAACUGACAUACUUUAACUGACUAUCCUCAAUCUCUUCACAAAAAAGUUACCCUUUUGCAUCAUUUCAAAGGCUACUUGGAUACAGACAAAGAAAAUCCUGAAUAUUUUCAGUCUGAUGAAGCUCCCUAUGUAAAGAAAUGAAUGAGGACAAAAAGGGCAAUUCUAUUUAGAAUGUCAAAUAAAGUUGUGCAGGUUGUUUUCCAAGACCAUUCUGAACUAAUUAUUUCCACAAAAACUAUUAUUUUUGUAAAUAAAUCAGGUGCUAAGCAAUCAAUGCCACUAGGCCAAGCUUACGAAAGUGGCGAUCUUGAUCUGUGUAAAAGAAUCAAGUAUACAAAGGAUAUUUUAAAUCAUAUGAAUAAUGGGAGACCAUUAGGAGACGAAUAA